UCUCCCCCUUCCUCUCUCUCUUUUCCCUUUGCGUUUGCUCUUCAUUUCUUCACCAAAUUUGUGUUCGGCCUUACCUUUCCUCUCUAACCACCUCUCUUUUAUGAAAAAAAAAGGCAAUCAUUUUGAUUCCACACUUCAUCCAUUCCCACUUAUUUGACUUUUGGAUUUAUAAAGAAUCCCAAGUUACAAAAAAUAUCAAUCCGGAACUUCCUUUCUUUUGUUCUUCAAAUUUCCCAUUUUUUUAAUUUGGAUUUUCACGUUGAAUUUAAUAAAUGGAGAACCAGUUUUUCAUUAAUGCGGGAAUCCCACCGCACGCUCCGCCAUUGCAGUUUGGGUCGUCUUUAUCGUCGUCGCCGAUGUCAGGUUGGCAAUCUCUGUCUUCAGCCAUGGAAAUUCAGUCUCAAGAUUGUUUCCCGAGUACAGAUUAUGGUUUACAGUACGAGUCAGCCUUGAGUUCCAUGGUGUCUUCCUCGGCUGCUUCGAAUUGCAAUAUCUCCGGUGAGAGCUUAAUGAUCAGGGAAUUGAUAGGGAAAUUGGGGAGCAUUGGUAACUCCGGUGAGAUCCCCCAACAUUCUCAGCCAAUGUUGGCGGCUUCUUCUUGUUACGGCACUCCAUUGAAUUCACCUCCCAAAUUGAACUUGCCAUUGCCAACAUCAAUGGGGUUGAAUUCCAGUGUGGCGGAUUUCUCAGCUGAUCCUGGAUUUGCGGAGAGAGCGGCGAGAUUCUCUUGCUUCGGAAGCAGGAGUUUCAAUGGUCGAACGACUCAGUUUGGACCCAAUGGUGAAAUCGCUGCUUAUAGAUCUAAUCCGUUGGCAGCAAAUGCCAAUCUACCGCGUGUUUCCAGUAGUCCUGCUUUAAAAGCAAUGGUAUCUCAAGUUGGCGGCAGCAAGAAGAAUACCCCAUUGCAGAAUCGAUCCGAGUUAGCCAAUUCUCAAGAGGAAUCCACCGUUUCCGAUCAAAAUCCUGAGCCUGGCUUGAAAGGUUCGAAUUCCAGGAAAAGAAAAGCUGUUCACAAGGCAAAAACAAAGGAAACUUCACCGUCCCCAUCACCAAAUGCUUCAAAGGUGAUUGAACCUAACGAAGCAUCAAAUGAAAAACGAUGCAAGUUAUCCGAAAGCAACGGAAACGAAAAUGGCUCUGGUAAAGCAGAGGAAGAUGGCAAAGGAAUAAAUACAAAGGCUCCUGAGCCUCCCAAGGACUAUAUUCAUGUUAGAGCAAGAAGGGGUCAAGCUACUGACACCCAUAGCUUAGCUGAAAGAGUCCGUAGAGAGAAAAUCAGUGAGAGAAUGAAGCUUCUGCAAAAUCUUGUUCCCGGCUGCAGCAAGGUUGCUGGAAAAGCCUUGAUGCUGGACGAAAUUAUAAACUACGUUCAAUCAUUGCAACGACAAGUUGAGUUCCUGUCAAUGAAGUUAGCUUCAGUAAAUACCAGGCUGGACUACAACGUGGAGAGUUUAAUGUCAAAGGAAGUAUUUCAAUCAAACAACACUCUGCAGCAUCCAAUGUUCCCGAUGAAUUCAGCAGCAUCAGCCUUUUUAGGGCACCAAACCCAGCAAAAUCCACCACUACAGGCCAAUACUGCCAUCUGCCCCAAGCUUAACACCCAUUUGCCUCAAAUUAACCAGUUUAUUGAAACAGUAUCUGGGUACCCAGCAUUUUGUGAAGGAGACCUGGAAACCCUAGUUCAGAUGGGGUUUGGCCAAAACCAGAUCCAAGAAAUGGCAUUCCAUUCACAAAACUUCCAGGGGUUAAAUCAAGUGUCUGACAUGAAAGUUCGGCUCUAAUAACACCAUUCUUUGGUCCUGGAUUAAAGGUUUAAAGCAGAGAAUUGCUGCUGUAUAUACAAAAAAAAAAUGAAAUUAUUAGACCAUGCAUGAACUACCCCAUAACUAGGCUAAUAGCCAUUUAUGCUUAGGUUUAAAGAGGGUGAUUCUUUUCCCUUUUUCAUAAUAUUUUUAUAUUAAUUUUAGGGUUCUUUUUUUGAACUUGUAAUAUUUUCUUCUUCUUCUUUUCUUACCAAUUAAUCCAAUGUAAAAUCUGUGUAUUCAUGGUGCAAAGAUCUUUAUAGCAGAAGUGCACCAACAUUUGUGAGAUAUAGUAUUUUAAUCAAUUAAUGCUAAUUAAGCAGCUUUAAUUUUCCA